AUGACCACUUCUUCCAAUCGAGAUCAUUUCUUUCAGACAUCCGCUUCCCUGGAUGAGCAGGAGCGGAAAGAUGCAAAGUCUCAGAAUACCAACGGGAAUCCCAUCCGCUUACAGGGAAAGAUCCUAGCAGUCCAUUCAGACCCAUUGAACAAUGGUACAGUUUAUGUGGCGCAAAGUAAUGGCGCCGUGAGAAGGAUCAUCCUUGCUACAGGAGAAACCGCCAAAGUGUUUACAGGGCCGAUGGCUCCUGUGACAAGUCUUUGUGUGAGCCCCGAUGGAAAGCUCCUGUUUGCCGGGUGCUGGGACAAGGCUGUCUGGAGCUGGGAUACGGCCUCAGGCCAACCCCGCCGGAAAUACGAAGGCCACACCGACUUUGUCCGCUCAAUCACCAGUGCGAGACUCCGUGGAGAGGACCUGCUUAUUACCGGUGGUGCUGAUGCACAAGUUCUGGUUUUCAAAAUCGCGAGCGGUGAGCGCAUUGAGACCUUCAAGGGUCACGCUCGAGGCAUCCAAGACAUUGCCGUCGACCCUGAAUCGGAGAGUACUCUACCCAUUGUAUUCAGUGCGGGUAGUGAUCGGGAAAUCCGCCAGUUCAGCAUCUUUGAUAGCAGAAAUGUCCCUGAGCCUCUGCUUCCUCAUGAGACCAGCGUUUACAAGCUCUUCUUCGACAACGAUGGUGACCUCUGGACUGCUUCGGCCGACAAGACUGCCAAAUGUCUGGUUCGUGAGAAUGGGUGGAAGGCUAAUAUGACCCUGGAACAUCCCGAUUUCGUGCGCGAUGUUGUCAUCCAUGAAACCGGAGGCUGGGUCGUGACCGCUUGUCGCGAUGAAGAGGUUCGGGUGUGGAAUCGAUCGACUGGCGAACUCUAUCAUACUUUCUCUGGUCAUUUCGAAGAGGUUACUGGUCUCGUUCUUGUCGAAUCAACCGUUGUCAGCGUGGGUAUCGAUGCAACUAUCCGCCAAUGGUCCCUUCGACCUGAUGAGCUUCAGAAGGCUGUUGAGCUGGCCAAGAAGCCCGUGGUCGAGGAGGAGGAUCCGAAGACGGAAUCCAUGCUCACUGAGGAAGAAGAACGGGAGUUGGCCGAACUCAUGGAUGAAUAG